UUGUGGGGAGAGCGUCCCCAGACGGCUGGAAGCAACCCUUUGCUUCAACUGUUGCAUCUUCUUGUUUGUGGACUUGCCUUGCACGAACAAAAGGAAGGAUGGACCGACUUCGCGUGUUGGCCCGGCACCUGCGGCCCGAGGAGUCUGCUGGCGCUGAGCAAACCGCAGUUGCUCCUUCAAGUACCUCAGCACCUGGGGCAUAUGUGGAAAGAGGGGCAGAUUUUGUGCCAGCCGAUGAUAUCACAAUCAAGUUCCCCCAGGCAACUCCUGCUUCCUCAUUCCCAAAGUCUGUGUCCGACUACUUCCAGUUUGACGAUCUCCUGACACCCGAAGAGCGAGCACUGCGGGUGAAGGUCCGAGCAUUCAUGGAGAAGGAAGUCGCUCCCAUCAUCUGUGGCUACUGGGAGCGGGCGGAGUUUCCCUUUCAACUUAUCCCCAAGAUGGCCAAGCUCAAUGUGGCAGGUUUCACGAUCCAAGGCUAUGGGUGUCCUGGCAUGUCGACAGUGGCGGCUGCCAUGGUCGUAUCGGAGGUUGCUCGGGUUGAUGCAUCCAUGUCUACCUUCAUCAUGGUGCACACGUCCCUGGCCAUGAGCACCAUCGCGAUGUUGGGGAGUGAAGAGCAGAAGCAGCGCUACCUGCCAUCGCUGGCACGCCUGGACGGGGUUGCUUGCUGGGGUCUGACCGAGCCCGAUUAUGGAAGCGAUGCAAGCUCCCUCAACACCACGGCAACGAGAGUGGAGGGCGGUUGGGUGCUCAAUGGGCAGAAACGUUGGAUAGGCAACAGCACCUUUGCUGACGUGGCAGUCAUCUUUGCCCGAAGCAAAGUCGACAACCAGAUCAACGGCUUUAUCGUGAAGAAAGGCACGGCGGGCUACCGAGCAGAGAAGAUGGAGAACAAGAUCGGGCUGCGGUGCGUCCAGAACGGUGACAUCACGUUACAGAACGUCUUUGUACCGGACGAGGACCGCCUCACCGGCGUCAACUCCUUCAAAGACACCAACAAGGUGCUGGCGAUGUCCCGCAUCAUGGUGGCCUGGCAGCCGGUCGGCAUCGCCACGGGCAUCUACGAUAUGUGCAACAGGUACUUGUCGGAGCGGCGGCAGUUCGGCGCGCCCCUGUCAGCGCUGCAGAUCAACCAGGAGAAGCUGGUGCGCAUGCUGGGCAACGUGCAGGCCAUGCAGAUGAUGGCCUGGCGCGUCAGCAAGCUCUACGAUGACGGCACCAUGACGCACGGCCAGGCCAGCCUCGCCAAGGCCUUCAACACCCUCCGGUGUCGUGAGUGUGCGGCGCUGGGUCGGGAACUGCUCGGGGGCAACGGUAUCCAGGUGGACUUCCACGUGGCCAAGGCAUUCUGCGACAUUGAGCCCAUCUACACCUACGAGGGGACGUACGAGGUGAACUCGCUGGUUGUCGGAAGAGAGGUCACAGGAGUCGCUGCCAUCAGACCAGCAAAGAGUCGGAAGUGACGAUAAUGCAUAGGGAAAGGUGACCUGUAUAUACUCCAGAUUGUAUCGUUCUGUCGGAGCUGCCGGCUGGCACCAGUGUUCAUCUUCAUUCUGGAUAAAAGUUCCGUUGUCCUGGUGGCACAGCAAUGCACCAAAUAUAAAAAGUGGAGUUGCCGUCUUCUGUGUUGAAAGCAUAAGAAUCAUUGCAAU